AUGUCUGUCAGCAGCUCAGCAGCCGGCGGCCCCCCCUGGAGGAACAACAGCUUCAUCCUGGGGGGGGGCAGAGACCCUCCUCUGUCCGACCAGGGGGAGACCAUCAUCGGAGUCUACCUGCUGCUGCUGGGUUGGUUGUCCUGGUUUGGAAACAGCAUCGUCCUCUUCGUCCUGUACAGACAGAGAGCCACCCUGCUGCCGACAGACUACCUGACCUUUAACCUGGCCGUGUCUGACGCUAGCAUCUCAGUGUUCGGCUACUCCAGAGGUAUCAUCGAGAUCUUCAACGUCUUCAAGGACAGUGCCUACCUCAUCUCCUCCAUCUGGACCUGCCAGGUGGACGGGUUCUUCACGCUGGUGUUCGGUCUGAGCAGCAUCAACACACUGACAGUAAUCAGCAUCACCCGCUACAUCAAAGGAUGUCACCCGAGCAGAGCCCGUCACAUCAGCAAGACCAGCGUGUUCGUCUGUCUGCUGUUCAUCUGGAUCGCAGCUGGUUUCUGGUCCGGAGCACCGCUGCUCGGCUGGGGGAGCUACACAGAUCGUGGGUAUGGAACCUGUGAGAUCGACUGGGCCAAAGCGACCUACUCGAGCGUCUACAGGUCCUACAUCAUCUCCAUCUUCAUCUUCUGCUUCUUCGUCCCGGUGCUCAUCAUGCUCUUCUGCUACGUCUCCAUCAUCAAUACAGUGAAGAGAGGCAAUGCUCUGUCAGCAGAGGGAGACCUGACUGACCGCCAGAGGAAGAUCGAGAGAGACGUCACCAUAGUUUCCAUAGUGAUCUGUACGGCCUUCAUCCUGGCAUGGUCUCCAUACGCUGUGGUGUCCAUGUGGUCCGCCUGGGGCUUCCACGUGCCCAACCUCACCAGCAUCUUCACCCGCCUCUUCGCCAAGUCUGCCAGCUUCUACAACCCCCUCAUCUACUUCGGACUCAGCUCCAAGUUCCGCAAAGACGUGGCCAUCCUGCUGCCCUGCACCCGCGACGCCAAAGACACCGUCAGGCUGAAGCGUUUCAAGCCAAAGUCUGACGCCCACGGCCGGCCCGCCGCAGGAGGUGGAGCCAGACUCAAAGUUCCUCUGAACCGGACAGAGAAGAAGUACUCGCCCGGUAACCAGCCUUACCCGGCCCCCAGCCCAGACUCUGGGAUGGGAAGCCCACCCUGCACACCGCCGCCCUUCAACAAGGAGGUGUUCUACAUCGACAUGCCCCGCCCCUCUGAGCCCUGCCCCGCUGAGGCUGGCUCUGAGUCUGAAUGCGAGAGGCUCUGAUGAACUCAGAGGACUUGGAGGAAGACCAGCCAGUCUCUGAUGGAUCCAACAUGACCGUUUAAACCAUGAACACCUGAAAUGUGACGGAAUGACUCCUGAUCAGUUCAGACAGACGCCAGCAGAGGGCGCUGAUGUCACCAAAUCAUGACCCCCAAAGUAGAGGAGAAGAAGACGACAUCACUUAUUUUCUGUCGAGCUUGUAGAACAGUUUCUGCAGUAAGUUUCAUACUGAUCAGAGUUUCUGGUAGACAAACACAUCAGCUGACAGACCAAACUGUAGAGAAACUAGAGAAUAACUCCAGAAGGUCCACAGCUCCUGCUGAACACAGAGAGGUCACGUCCUCUGAUAAAUUACAAACUUGGUGGGUGAUUUACCAUAUUGGCCCGAAUAUAAGACCUGAAGCCUUUUCUCAGGUAAAAGCGAACCACGUGUCGCUCGUCUAUCAGUCACAGACUCUCUCUCCUGCAGACUGUUGAAGAGGUCUGAAUGCCUGUUUGUCUUUGAGCUCCUCGUCAUCAGUGACGGCUGUAAUUCUUCUCAGCUGUUUGACAGAUGAUUCAGUCUGUUUCUGCACUAAAGACGCUCCAGACUUCAGGAGUCAGAAAUUAAUUUCCUCUAAAACAGAAACUCCUGAAUAAUUUUAGGGCAACAUGAAGGCUACAGACAACCCAUAAUGCAACACUCUGUAGGUGCUCUAUUCAAAAAGAAGAUCUGAUGUCAACAUGUAAUUGUCCCUGAAUAUAUCACAACCAGCACUUUUUCAAAGUAACUUCCAGCAAAAGAAUGUCAUCUUGUAUUCGGGCCGAUACGAUUUGAAGCUGCUUCCAGUUUUUUUAGAGUCACUAAAUAAAAUUUUGACUACUUUUAAAACAAGAAUAAAUAAAUCAAUAAAGAAUUUAGUGUUUCCCCAUCAGAGUUGUAUUCCCACCAGUGUAAAGACUCAGAAGCAGCAUUCAGACAUUCAUUUUGUGGAAUAAAAUUAACAGAAAAUAUAAUCUAACAGUUAACUGAAUAAAUUCUAAGGACUUCAUUGUUUGGAAAAACCUGGAUUGAUCCCCCAUCACAUCAAUCCAAACAGCUGCAGAACAACAUCAGAGAACUGAACAUCCUAUAAACCAUAAAACAUGAGUCCAACUUCAGCAUCAGUUUUAAAGUUUGUUUGUUUAGUGACAGAAGCACAGUUUUUAUUUGUUCCUUUGGAUAAAGAGGGACCUUUGUUUGUAGACGGUUUAUGUCCAACUUAAAUGAGGCUUUUAUUAGGGAUACAACUAACAGUUAUAUUCAUUAAGCUGCCCAUUAUUCUAUCAAUUCAUCAAUUAAGCUAAAUAGCAUCAGAAAACUGUGAAAACUAUCCGUUCCAGUUUCCCAGAGUCCCAGCUCCUUCAGUUUUCUACACCUGCAUUUCCUGCGCCGGAUUGCAGAUCAAUAAACAAGUCUGACUCUGGAGACAGCAGAGAACAAAUGUUGGACUGGUCCUUUAAUGUCAUGUGAGAAUCCUGUCUGGGACUGUGGACUCUGUGGACUCCAGGUGUUCUUGUUGGGACAGUCCAGGUUCCUGUUCUUCCCUGUUGACAGAUUUGAUAUCUGAUUGAUUUUUUCAUUAAUUGAAGGAUGAGAGUUUGUACUCGAGGAGACUGAAAGUCUGUGGAGAUUAAAAUGUUCAGCACUCUGAUCAUUAGACUUUCAUCAAAAUUGUGCAUCAUAAACUUGUGUAACAUUUCAGCCACAUUUACAGAGUUUUGAGUUCUUGAGAGAAAACUGUUUUACAAAAACAUGUUACUUUGUCUUUAAGAUGAAUAUUAAUAAUAAAAACUUUGUGACAAACUGCUUAAGACUCUCUUCAGAAUAAUGUAACUGUCAGCUGUUUUAAAGGGCCAGUGUGGAGGAUUUAGUGGCAUCUAGUGGUGAAACUGCAGUUUGCAACCAUGUGAACA